UUCUUCGUUGUCGGAGUUGAGUCGCUUACAUCAUACAGCAGUAUGACGUCAUCUGAAAGAGAGUGGAUCCCUCCAGAUCAACCCUCAAGAUGUACGUGGCAUCUAGGUGUUGAUCCAAAGACAAGCCCCCAUCACCACGAGUCCAAUGGCCAGCUGCUUGAAGAUCGGAAGAAAAUCUUGCCAGAUAUCUUGAAGGUGAUAGGUCACACACCUAUGGUCCGAAUGAACAAAAUCGGGAAGAGUGCCGGACUGAAAUGUGAACUUUUGGCGAAAUGCGAGUACUUCAAUGCCGGCGGCAGCGUCAAGGAUCGCAUCGGACUGCGGAUGGUAGAAGAAUCGGAGAGGAAAGGCAUCUUGAAGCCUGGGAUGACCCUGAUUGAGCCUACCUCAGGAAACACAGGUAUUGGCUUAGCCCUAGCCGCUGCAGUCAAGGGAUACCGCUGCAUCAUCGUCAUGCCGGAGAAGAUGAGUAACGAGAAGGUGUAUAUCUUACGAGCCCUGGGAGCUGAGAUUGUGCGCACGCCCACCUCGGCAAGGUUCGACUCGCCCGAGUCACACGUCAGCGUAGCGCAGAGGCUCAACAAGGAGAUACCAAACUCCAUCGUAUUGAAUCAGUACAAGAACGAAGGGAACCCUGGCCACUACGAUACCACAGGCCAGGAGAUCUGGGACCAGUGUGAAGGAAAGCUCGACAUGGUUGUCUUGGGAGCUGGAACUGGUGGCACCUUGACCGGGGUUGGUCGGAAGCUGAAGGAGUUGAACUCUGAUAUCAAAAUCAUCUCAUUCGAUCCCCACGGCUCUUCGCUGCAAGUGCCCUCUUUCGACGAGGAAACGGAUCAAACGGUGUGCUUCGAGGUGGAGGGCAUCGGCUACGACUUUGUGCCCACCGUUCUGGAUCAUGACGUGGCGGACGCCUGGCACAAAUGCGACGACAAGGAGUCGUUCCUGAUGGCUCGAAGAUUGAUCAAGGAAGAGGGACUGCUAUGUGGAGGGAGUUCUGGUGCCGCAGUCUCUGUAGCACUGAGAGCGGCCAAGUCUCUGACUGAGAACCAGCGGUGCGUGGUUAUUCUACCAGACUCUGUGCGAAACUACAUGACCAAGUUCUUAUCAGAUGACUGGAUGUUGGAGAAGGGAUUUCUGGAGAAGGUGUACGAGUUGGGACACAACCCUGAAAAGGAAUGGUGGUGGAAUUUAAAAGUUUCUGCUUUGAAGUUCAACCCACUUUUGACGGUUGAGCCCACAGUGACGUGCCAGAGAGCGAUUGGCAUUAUGAACAGCAAAGGUUUCCAUCAACUGCCGGUAGUGGCGGAAUCUGGGGAAGCUUUGGGUGUGGUCACCCUUGGCAGCCUUAUGUCACACCUGGUCGCUGGCCGUAUUAACUCAAGUGCGCAAGUUGAUGAAGUCUUGUACAAGCAGUUCAAAAAGGUGACCCUGGACAUCACGCUUGGCCAAUUAUCGCGCAUCUUGGAUACAGACCACUUUGUGCUUGUCGUACAAAAGCAGAACGUCUGCACGAAGGACGCGGGCAUCACUACCAAAGAGGUCGUUGUCGGCAUUUCAACUCGCAUCGAUUUGCUCAACUUUAUCUCGACCAACCAACCUUCAGGUUAAGGUUUUCCAGCGCAUUUUCAACUUUUUUACAUUUUAGAGACCUGGUAAAUCAUAUCUUUGGCAAGAUAACUGAUUACAAUUGGGAAUCACGUGACCUCAACUGCUGUCAUAUUGCCUCUUCUGCUCAUGCUGCAUCGUUCUCUUUAUUUGCAGGAAGUUGGCCAAAAUGUGCC